AUGUGGCCUUUCCCCCUCACUCCCCAAGAGCCCGUUAUGGAUGCCCCUAAAUGCCAGGCUGUGGAAGCCAUGCGGGGGUGGAGAGAGAAAGUGCUGCACUAUGAGGACUUUAUCAGUGACGUGCUGCAGCAGGACUUGCAAAAAGUAUUGGACCAUCAAGACAAGAUAUAUGAGCAGCUGGCCACAUACCUUCAGCUGAAAAAUGUCAUUGAGUAACUCCAGGAAGCUAAUCACUCAGAGUUAUAUAUGGAGGUGGAUUUGGGCUGUAACUUCUUCAUUGACACAGUGGUUUCAGAUACUUCACGCAUCUACGUAGCCCUGGGAUAUAGGUUUUUCCUGGAGUUGACACUGGCAGAAGCACUCAAUUUCAUUGAUCUUAAGAGCUCUCUCCUCACAAAGCUCAGCAACAGCCUAACCAAGGACUCCAUGAAUAGCAAGGCUCAUGUCCAUAUGUUGUUAGAGGGGCUGAAAGAACUACAGGGCAUGCUCAUCAUUGACUACUACUUCCUAACCUCUGACAUUAAAGAGCCUGAAUGGCGCGGCCCCCCGACCCCCAGCCGCCAGGACCUCACCUGCGUGGGUAGGAGCAGUGCCAGAAGCAACAGCCCCAGCCCCAGCCUGGCCACCAUCGCUCUGCCCAUGUCCGCUCCGUCGGUGCGCGGUGCGUCCCGCUGGCUGCUGAGAGGACGGAGCACUGUCCUGGCUUGGCAGAGCCUGGGGCCCUGGCGCUGCCCCCUUGGCAACCGGACCCAGGCGCCGGCUCGGGCCAGCCCUUCCCGGCUGCGCUGCGGGGGACAGAGGCGGCACCCCGGGCCGGGGGCCAGGCUGGGGGUGUGGGAGAGAUCGGAGGCCGUCCCGGCUUCCCACCCCCGCCGCUGGCUUGGUAUUCGGAGGUGGUACGAGGCGAUGUGUGUGCUCACCCACCCGGGCAUCUCCUGCCCCUCCUCCGCCCCCUGGGUGCGGACGCGCGGGGUCCCACACUGCAAAGGGCCGGGGCUGGUGGAUUGGGACAAAGAGGAGACCGCCCACCCUGACCAGGUCCCCCUCCCCGUGGGACUCGAGUCGCAGAGCCGCCCUCCCCAGGGACUGAGCCCGGGAAAACCUCGCCGGCGGUCCCACCAAGAAUUCCUUGCACCUCUUGAAUUCCUGGGGACACACUUCUUCCCUGUCCGUUGCAAUGGACUUGUGAAAGCUUCCAGGGGAUUUAGCCUACAGAUCAACUCCAGCAAAUGCAAAAGGAUUUAUGUUCGAGGGUUCAUUGCAGCAUGUUUGUAA